AUGAGCCAAUCCCGGGGCGCCGACGCCAGCGAGACGACGCCUUUGCUGGUGUCGUCGAGCGAGCCCAAUGGCCCUCUGCCGACGGCAGUGACCAAGAGCGACAUUCCACCAACCGACGAACAGGACGCCGCCCAGCAGCACGAUGAAGCCGAACCCGCAUCCUCGCCCGCCUUCCCCUACGGCCAAAUCCUCAUCCUCUGCUACACCUCGCUCGCCGAGCCGGUCGCCUACUUCGGCAUCUUCCCCUUCAUCAACGAGAUGAUCAAUCUCAUCGGCGAAGUGCCGGUGAAGCGGAUCGGCUUCUACGCCGGCCUGAUUGAAUCGCUCUUCUCCCUCGUGCAAAUGCUUCUCAUGAUCUUCUACGGGCGCGCGGCAGAUCGUUAUGGCCGCAAACCGGUCCUGGUCUUCAGCUUGACGGGCAUCGCCGUGGGCACCGCCGUCUUCGGCCUGACGCAGUCACUGUGGCAGAUGGUGCUGGCCCGGACGCUGGCGGGAGUGUUUGCUGGAAGCGUGCUGACGGUGCGCACCAUGCUGGCCGAACUGACUACCAAAGAAACGCAGGGCAAGGCGUUUGCGUGGUUCAUGUUUAUGCGGAACAUGGGCAUUACGCUCGGUCCGGUGAUAGGCGGCCUCUUGGUCAAGCCAGCGGAGCAGUUUCCGGGAGUCUUUGGAGGCGUUGCGUUCUGGGAAAAAUUCCCUUACGCCCUAUCGACCUUCACCUGUGGAGGAAUGGUGCUCUCUGCCGCUAUUCUGAGCCUCGUGUCCCUUAAGGAGACCCUACACCGCAAGGACGCCGGAGAUGCUGCAGCAGAACCCCCUUUAACCACUAUGCAGGUCAUCCGAUCCCCUGGCGUGCCCAUGGUCCUAACCAUCUACGCCCACACCAUGUUCCUUGCCUUCGUGUAUACCGCCGUGUCCCCGGUAUAUCAAUACACAUUUGUGGAGUUUGGUGGCUUUGGAUUCUCGGAUCAGCAGAUUGCCCUCGCUCUCGCCGUUAUUGGCGUCAGCCAGGCCGUGUGGACGCUGCUCGCCUUUCCUUGGCUGCAGAGGAGAUACGGCACGGGGUUCGUCAUGCAACUCGGUGCCGCGGCCUGGCCGUUCUUCAUGCUCUCCUUCCCCAUCUUGAGCUGGGUGUUGCGUAAUGGAUGGACGACGGCCUUUUGGGUUGCUUUCGUCACCACGCUAGUGUUGGGGAGCUCCGUGGCGAUGACCUUUGUAUGCUGCCAGCUCUUCGUCAACGACAUUUCCCCUUCGCCAUCCGUCCUCGCUACUCUCAACGCGGUCGUGCUGACCAUGACGAGCGCCCUGCGCUCCUUUGCGCCUGUCCUCGGCACCAGCAUCUACGCAGUCGGGCUCGAGUCGGGAUUCGCCCACGGACAACUGAUCUGGUUCUUCCUCGUACCCCUCGCUGCUGCCUUGAACAUCCCCCUCUACUUCCUCCCCGAAGCGGCGUACGGAAGGCCGAUCAAAUCUGUUGCUGCGCAGGAGGAUGAGAGUGAAGAGGCUUGA